GUCUCAUCGACAGAAGCGGGCGUCUUUGCUAUCUGAGGACGUGUCUCUGUAGAUAUGGCGAGCUUACUUCACCUGAAAACCUUCUCCAACUGUUCCAUGAACUUGGCCUUCGCAAGUUCUUCUGCAUCCAUCUCAGGGCCACACAAUGCUGCUGCUGAACUUUGGAGAGAACAUCUCCAGACAUCUGACACGGCCAGGACCAGUGCCACCCCCAACACCACGUACAACACACGGGGGUCGGCUGCCGACAUCGGAACGUCAACCGGUGCCGGGUCCCAACCAACUGCUCCCACAGAUCCACCAACACUCGUUGGUCAAACCAUCAAUGGCUACUACUUCGAGGGGGUCAUCGAGUUGGGUGGGUGUGCUAGGGUAUACAGGGUGAGGAAGGACGGGGUUCUUUACGCCGCCAAGGUCUCCCUACACACGGCCACUGAUGACAGCUUCGCAGUUCGCACCUGGGUUAACGAGUAUGCAGUUUUAAGAUCCAUUGAUCAUGAAAACAUCAUUAAGGCAUACGACCUGUUCCGGUACAAUAUGAAGAUGUUCAUGAUCAUGGAGUACUUUGAGGGAUAUGACAUGGUAUAUUUUAUCAGCAAAUUCAGUGUGAAAUGGAGACAGGAGAACCUGAAGCCGAUUGCCAAGCAGAUUAUGGCAGGUUUAAAUCACUUGCACAACAACAACAUCGUGCACAGGGACAUCAAGCCAGAAAACAUCCUGAUCGGAUCUGGGAAUGAGGUGAAAAUAAUCGACUUCGGCGGAGCGAUACGACUGGAGCAGCAGCAAACGCCUGAGGAUAGGCACGUGACAUGCUCCACGUCCUACUUCGCCCCACCGGAAAUGCACAGAGGAGAUGUCCGUGCCACCUCUAACGCUUGGAUAAAAUCCUUCGACAUGUGGAGCACUGGUGUCACUCUUUAUACGGCCUUAGCUGGGCAGUACCCGUUUCCUUUGGGGUCGGAUCGAAAGAUAACAUCUUCCGUUUUUGACCAGGGGCCAGACUUUGGUGUACUAGGACAAAUAGACACCAAACUUCUAUCCCUUAUGAAAAGGUGCCUGGACACCAACCCUGAAAGGCGCAUCACGGCCAAGCGUGCCAUGCACCACAGGUACUUCUGGAGAGGGGCUCUGGAUGUCAUUUCGUAUGCUUUGUUUCAGUGUUUUGGGAAAUAGGUUUAUAGUUACAGAAACGAUUAGCCCAGAUACCUUUAUAUCCCAGGAUCCGCUGGUCGUGGGUUCAAAUCCCAGACAGGCCCCGAUUAUGAUCCUUGGUCUGUCAGCACCAUGUCCGUGUGAGACGGGUUCUACCAAAGUGGUGAACGUCUGUGACCAGCGUCACAUUGGGUUUCCUCUCACAUCAAGCUGACGCGCCGUCAUGUAACUGAAAUACUGUUUAGUGGCGUUAAAUUAACCGACCAGCCCACUCACUCCUUCCUUCAUAUCCGGGGUCCUCGUAAAGAUUCGGUAAGGACUGGUCACCUAGGCGCGCCAGAAACCUGUGAUGAUGAGGUUUGAAAUCCCUGUUCGCCCUGAUGGUGUUUCUAGGUUUGU